AUGUCUGGAAACCUAACGAGCACCAAUGGGAUUGGUAGCACACCAAUGCAGCGCCAUUACAUUUCUGCGACCCAAGCCUCAGCUAUAGUAGAAGCAGCAGCCAAAGCAGCGGCAACUAUCGUACCCCAAAACAUCGCUGUAGUAGACCCAUCAGGCCUUCUAGUGGCUUUCCUCCGCAUGGACAAUGCAUACCCAGGCAGUAUUGAUAUCAGCAUUAAGAAAGCCAGAACGAGUGUUUUGUUCAACGGGGUCCCUAGCGCUGGUCUCUAUAAUCAAUCUCAGCCUGGUCAACCUUUGUAUGGGAUUGAGGAGACCAAUGGAGGGUUGGUGAUCUUUGGUGGUGGACUGCCCUUGGUGAAGGAUAACUAUCUGAUCGGCGCUAUUGGUGUGAGUGGAGGCACGGUCGCUCAAGAUGUUGAGGUUGCGCAAGCUGGUGUUGACUGGUUGACAAGCUCCUGA